UUAAGCCUAAAAUUUAUUAAGAGGAAAGCCCAGACAUUCUUCUCGUUAAAAAUGCCCCCCUUCUGUCCACUCUCACAUUAUGCUAGUGUCUGUCUAUCCACCUUACCCUCCAACAUAACAAAGCCUAAAUCCCAAAAUACUGAAAGAAAGGCAAGGAGAAAGGGACAUCAUUUCAUGAUGACUGAAGAGCACAAGGUUGAAGCGGAAACAGAAGCACAAGUUGCAAUUCAUCCAGAUGUCUUGGAAACCAUUUUCUCUUACCUUCCUCUCAUUCAUCUUCUCCCAGCCAGCAGAGUCUCUAAAUCCUGGAACGCCGCAGCUUUCUCCUCCCUUCGCUUCAACAAGACCAAACCCUGGCUCAUUGUCCACACUCAGAACAUCCGUGCUCCUCACGCCACCACCGCCAUCGCUUACGACCCGCGCUCCGAGGUCUGGCUCCAAAUUCACCAAAAUCUGCCCACUAGACACGUUUCAGCCCUACGUUCCUCCAACUCCACGCUCCUAUACGUUCUUAUCCCCUCCAAGUUCUCCUUCUCCAUCGACCCUUUCCAUCUGACGUGGCGCCAUGUGAAACCACCCGCAGUCUGGCGCACCGACCCCGUCGUCGCAUUGGUCGGCCACCGCAUAGUCGUCGCUGGCGGAGCCUGCGACUUCGAGGAUGAUCCGUUGGCGGUCGAAAUCUACGACAUCAACACUCGCACUUGGGAAAAGAGCGAGUCCAUGCCAGCCACCCUAAAGGGCUCGGCAGCCUCGACGUGGCUCUCCGUUGCCGCCAAUACAAAAACAAUGUACGUAAUGCAGAAAAUGUCCGGUGUUACGCACUCUUUUAACCCCAGUUCUAAGAUCUGGUCUGGACCGUACAAUCUGCGUCCUGAUCGGAACAUUUACUUUUCCGUGAUAAGGUUUCGUGUGGACAGCCUGAUUAUGUUGGGGUUUCUCGGAGAUCCCGAGAAUCCGAAUGGUAUGAAAGUCUGGGAAUUAAGCGGGGAAUCGUUGGAGUUUUGUAAAGAAAUAGGGAUGAUGCCAAAGGAGCUGGUGGAGAAACUGAAAGGAGAGGGACCAAGCUUUAGUUCGGUAAUAGUAAAUUCCAUGGCGGAUAUUUUCUGCAUAUAUAAUCCUGAAGAGCCAGAGGAAUUGGUGGUGUUUGAGGUUGGCCACAAAGGGCUGUGUCGGUGGGGGAGUUUGAAAAAUGCGGCGGUGAGUGAUCGAGGCAUGGUGGCGGAGAGGAUGGUGCUUACGUGCUCUGACGUGGGGUUAGGUGAUUUAGGAAGAGCGGUGUGGUCCGGACAGGGAAGUUUCACUGUUAUUUAAAUGUUAAUGACUGGCUUUUACAUUUGAAGAAAUUGUGAGAAACAAUCUUUUUUUUAUAAAGAUAUUUUAAAAAUAAUCAUUAAAAAAAAUUUAAUUAUUUU